UUUUUGUUGUCAAAAUGCAAAUUCUGAAGUUUUUUUUUUUUUAAUUUGAUUUCCAUCGAACGAAAUGCAUUAAAUAAUUACAAAUAGAGUGCAGUUGCAACAAUCCUUUUAAAGAAAAUUGAUUUCCACGCAAUACCCAAAAUUCUAACUGAAUGACCGUAAGAGAACUUCCAAUUUAUGGAAAUGCUGCCGGGUAGACAAGCUUCCGAAAGAAGGGAUUUAAUACAGGGUGAUCCAAAUAGACCGAAGUGGUGUGAAUUCCUCAUAACUCUUUUUCUCUUCAGUAUUUUGCAAAGAAGACUUGGAAAAUUUAUAAUGGAGCAAUACACAACUGAACAUCGUGCCCAAGCCGUCGUCAAUUUUGUGCAGCGUGUAUGCCGCCGUCAAUGUACGGGCAACAGAAAACAGUCUGGUUUCAGAAACACCAAGCAGGAGAAGUUCGCCACAACUUGGCCUUUCAAGAGGGUCGCCGCAGAGAAUUUUGCAUACCAUAAGAAUGUUUCCAUACGAAAUUCAACUUGUCCCAGAAUUGAAGCCGAUACCAGCAACGAUUUGACUGUGGCUCUUUUAAGCCACAUCAACAAUAAUCUGACUGUCAGAUAAAAAUGCUGAAGAUUGUGGGUGAGGUACCAGAGCGGUUCGCAGAUAUAUAUCAUCUUCACAAGAGAUCUUGUGUUACAAAAAAUGUUUUUAUAUGUGAAAUUUAAAGACAGUUGGAUGCUUAUUUCGCUUUCCUUUGGGCGUUAUGUUUUUCAAAAUAUUGAACCCUAUGUGGGGGAGGUACCAACAGAAAUGGUUCCGUCUUUAUGACAGAUCUUGUGUUGAUAGAAAUGUUGAGAUGUACCAAGUCUGAAUGAAAUCGGAUCUUAAUUUCGGGUGUUAUGAACUUCAUUGAUAUUAAAAAUUUUUACCCUUUGUGGGGGAGGUACCAGGAGUGUACCGGUAUAUCACAUCUUCACAGCAGAUCUUGUGUUAGUGGAAAUAAUGGCAUGUGAGAAAUAUAAAGGGAACCGUAUGCUUAUUUCGAAUUUUAUAAUCGAUUUGAUUAUUCAAAACUUUGACCCUUUAUGGGGGAGAUACCAGAAGGAAUGGUCCGAUCCCUAACAUCUACAUAACAGAUCAUGUGUUGAUGGAAACACUUAGAUGUACCAAGUCUGAAUGGAAUCGUAUGUUAAUUUCGCGUUUUAUGAGCUUCAUGGAUAUUCAAAAAUUUAACCCUUUGUGGGUAGGUGGAAGGAGUG